AACCACAACAUUUAAAUUCUUCAACGGUUAGCAUUGUAAGGGGAAGUGUUUGUAUGUACAUAUGUACACAAUAUAAAAAGGACUGCAUUUUUAUGUGAAAAACAAAUGUAUGAACAGAGAAAUUAAAAUCGGUUAAAGUGUCGAGAAUAUUUCAUUUAUGAGAAAAUGAACGAUACACGUAAUUCAAAGAAAGAGAAGAAGCAACAUAUACAAGUUUACAUUCGUGUGAGACCAAUAAAUGAUUCCGAAAGAUUUGGAAAAUCUACAACAGUAGUUGAUGUUCCAUCUAACAAAGAAAUAAUCGUACGUGACAGACCACCAUACGAUAAAUAUACAAAGAAAUUCACUUUUGACAAAGUAUUUGGACCUGAUUCAAAACAAUUAGAAGUGUACAAUGUGGUUGUUAAUCCAUUGGUGGAGGAAGUUUUGGCUGGAUACAAUUGCACAGUAUUUGCUUACGGACAAACUGGUACUGGAAAAACUUUUACUAUGGAAGGAAUAGACAAUGAUCCAUCAUUACAUUGGCAACAAGAUACUCCUGCUGGAAUCAUACCACGUGCUUUAAGCCAUUUAUUUGAUGAGCUACGCGUAUUAGAGGUACAAGAAUAUUCUAUAAGAGUCAGCUUCUUGGAAUUGUAUAACGAAGAAAUAUUUGAUUUACUAUCCCCUAGCGACGAAGCUGCUAAAAUAAGGAUAUACGAGGAUCCAACAAAAAAAGGUUCAGUGAUUGUACACGGUUUAGAGGAAAUGUCCAUACAUAAUAAAACUGAAGUAUUUAAAAUUCUUCAACGAGGAUCAGAGAAGAGACAAACAGCAACUACAUUAAUGAAUGCUCAUUCCAGUCGUUCUCAUACAAUAUUUUCCAUUACCAUUCACAUAAGGGAAUAUACUUUAGAAGGUGAAGAGCUAGUAAAGACAGGGAAAUUAAAUUUAGUCGAUUUAGCCGGUAGUGAAAAUAUUGGAAAGUCGGGUGCUGUUGAUCGAAGAGCGAGAGAAGCAGGCAAUAUUAAUCAGUCUCUGUUAACUCUAAGUCGUGUCAUAACAGCUCUUGUAGAAAAAACUCCGCAUGUACCAUAUCGAGAAUCAAAAUUAACGCGGUUGCUCCAAGAAUCUUUGGGUGGACGUACCAAAACUUCCAUAAUUGCAACAGUAUCUCCUGCUAGUAUUAAUCUUGAAGAAUCUCUAUCAACUUUGGAUUAUGCACACCGUGCGAAAAAUAUAACGAAUCGACCUGAAGUUAAUCAGAAAUUCUCCACGAAAGCAUUGCUUCAAGAAUAUAUAGCAGAAAUUGAAAAAUUGAAAAAAGAUUUAACGGCAACUCGUGAACGCAAUGGAAUUUAUUUAAAUGAAGAUAGUUACAAUCAAAUGCAAUCAUUGAUAGAAUUUCAGAAUAAAGAAGUAGAAAAGAAAUUAGAUUACAUUAAAGCACUUGAAGAAGCUAUGCAUUAUAAGGAGCAAUUAUUUAAUAAAUUAAAAUCAAAAAACUCUGAACAAGCUUAUGAGCUACAAAAUACAACAAAUCGAUUAGAAAGUACAGUAAAUGCGUUGAUGAUGACAUCAUCGCAUUUGGCAUUAUCAGAACAGGAGAAGGAAGAGCAAAAGCAUCUUGUUGAAAAACAUGCAUCUACCGAAGAUAUUCUUUUGUCGCAAGUUCAAACGGUUUUAGAUGUAGCUGACACAGCUACUUCAGAUGUACAUAAACUUCACGACAAAAUUUAUCGCAAAAUGCAAGUUGGACAGCAAAAUAUGUGUCUUGGGCAACAGUUUAAGAAAUAUAUUAAAGGACGAAUUAUAAAUAUUCAAGCUGAUAUUUCAGAACAUGCUGAGGAUUUAAUGAAAUUCUGUACCUCUGUAAAGGAAAAUAUAGACGCGCAAUCUGUUUUAUUUAGUGAAACUGUUGAUAAAUCAAUUGAAACGAUAUCCGCAAAUCUUGUUAAUUGUGAGCAAAAUAUAACUGACGAAUUAAAAAAGAACAUAAAUGAUUCUAAUUUAAGGCAUCAACAAUGGCUUGAAGGCGAAAUAAAAAAUGUUACAACCAUAACAGAAAAAGAAUGUAGCAUAUCAAAUUAUCUGUUUAGUACCACAAAAAAAAUUCAUCAAUUAAUGGAAAAUAAAAUAGCUGAAAAUUUUGAAAUAUUAAAUACUGACAUUUCUUAUAAAGUUGACAGUUUAACAGAAUCUACAAAGAAAUUAAUAACAUCAAUUUUUAAUCAUUCAAAUGACAAGUGUGAACAUUUAAGUAACACUACUCAGGAAGUGAAAGAAAAUAUUGAAAAUAUUCGGCACAAUCAAAAUACUCUUAUGAAAAAACGUGCAAAUUUUGCAAAGAUAAUGAAAGAAUUACAACACUGUUUCGACGAAUUACAAAAAGAGGACGAGGAAAAUUACUCUUGGACGUGUGCUACAUUAAAUAACAUUGAUGAAACAUGUAAUACUGUAAAUAACAAAGCUUCAAAUGCUUGCCAAAUAAAUAUAGAAGAAGGAAAUCAUUUACAAAAUAAACUAAAAAAUAAUUUACAAAUUAUAAAACAAGAGGUUGCUGUAGAAACAGAAAAGUCACGGACGUUGACGCAAAAUACUAUCGUACAAAGUAAAAUGUUAAUAGAUCGAUUCCAAGCUGAUUUAAGCAAAAAUUGUGAUACAAUAACAAAUUACAAAAAUUGCGUGGAACGUAACAUAAGAGAGAUACAACAAAAAAUGAAAGAAGAUACAAGCCUCGUUUUAUCAGCAAUUAAUGAUGUGUAUAUGACAGUUUACAGUGCAAGUGAUAAACAUGCAAAAUGCUUAAAUGUAUGUAAAACAGCUUUCAUAAACGUAUGUAUGGAAGUGAGUCAGAAGCUCGAAAGUGAAAAUUCGAAUGCAGCAAACAUGAAUAGUAAAAUUAUUGCAGAAAUGCAAACAAUCCGCAAUCAAGUUGACAAAUUUUUCGUGGACGAUCUAUUCCGUGAUGUUCCAACAGGUUUUACUCCGGUAAGGAAAAACUUUCAAUAUCCUAAAAAACUUAUUAAAACAUCUCCUCCCGAAAGAAUUCUUAAUAGAUAUAGAGAAGCACUUAAGGAAAUUGAUGAUAAUAGAGAACAUGAAUCAAUUGUGGCAUUGAAUAAUAACACGGAAAUAAACAAGACUGUGAAUGCAACCUGAGGAAUUGAUGAUUUGAAUAAAGAAAUAAUUAUAAUUUAGUACGUUGCUGAAAGCGGCAUCAAAGUUUUCACCUGGGGGUGUUUGAGACCCCGAAAAUCGUAACCCCUCGAUAACAACAAAGGCAUGUCUUUCUGUAUCUGGAUUGUUUUUGUUGAGGCAUUCUGUCAAGUUGCAAG